UUAUCAUAAGGCUUAUAGUUAUCAAAGCAUAACGAAAAAAACAAACAAUAUGGGUCCAAAAACAUCAAAUAAGGUUGCUCUCCUUUUAUCUCUUCUCCUUUUGAUUUUAACACUUUCCUCUCAAGUUAGAGUCAUCGAGGCUACAAGCCGAAAACUUGCAUCCGGAAGGAACAUCGUGUAUACUCCAUCCUCAAAAUCUUGCGGAGCGACCCACGCAACGUGGAAGAAGAAGAAACGCGGACCAUGCAGACGUCCUCCAAGAACUGCUCCAGCUUCUUACCAAUCACCAUAAUUAAGACCAUAAGACAGUUCUCUCAAAGACAGGAAAGAUCAUAAGACAGUCUUUCAUGAUUGUGAUUGAGUCCAAUCUUGGAACAACACAAUAAUAUUUUCAGUUAUUUUCUUUGUUUUUGUUUGGGAUCCUAAACAAGAAAUCAAAUGUUUGAUCGUUUUCUUGA